AUGAAUAGGAUUAAUAGAAAGCUGAAGUUUGAUAAUAUGUUUUGCGUAGAACCCCGGGGCCUGUCCGGUGGACUAUGUCUUCUAUGGAAAUCUAAUGUGAAUGUUAAUGUUUAUGAAUGGUGUGACAACUAUAUUAAAGCCAAUAUUAACAUUAAUAAUGAUUUGAAAUGGCAGGGCAUUUUUGUGUAUGGAAAUCCUGUUUUUAAGAAGCGAAGGAAACUAUGGCAGGAGCUCACGAUUUACCAGAACGUUAGCCUAAAAGCAGCUCCGGCCAUAAGCUCGGAUCAUUGUGCGCUCAUAUUGGAUUUACAACCGAGAGGGAGGAUAAAAAGAGAAUUCAAGUUUGAGGCAUUUUGGGCUGAACAUGAGGAGUGCAAAGAGGUGAUCAAGAAGGGUUGGCAACAAGAUGAGGGAAAUAGGAAUUGUUGGGGCAAAUUCAUUAGAAAGAGAAACAGAUGCAUAAGGGAGCUGAUGGAAUGGAGCAAACGAAAGUUUAAGAGAGCAGAUAAAGAACUAGAAAGAAAGAAAGCAGAAUUACAUCACAUCCAAGAGAGCGAUAUGUCAGAAAGAGACCAAAGAAGAGAGAGGGAAUUGAAGAACCAAAUAUCAGAACUAUGGAAACAAGAGGAGAAAUAUUGGGGGCAAAGAUCAAGGCUGAAAUGGCUAAAAUGGGGGGAAAAAAACACAUCAUUCUUUCAUGCAACAACCAUUCAGAGAAGAAUUAGGAACAGAAUUGACAAAGUGAAAGAUGAAACAGGCCAGUGGAUACAAGGAGAGGCAAGCAUAAUGAGGUUGGUGGAAAGGUACUACACUAAAUUAUUCACCUCCGAAGGGGACAGAAACUUGGAAGAGUGUGUAAAAGACAUACCAAAAAGAGUUACUAGAGAGAUGAAUGAGGAGCUAAUGGCAAAAAUUAAAGAUGAGGAAAUAAGGGAGGCUGUUUUCAGUAUGGGAGGACUGAAAGCUCCAGGGCCAGAUGGUUUAAAUGGGCUUUUCUUCCAACAACACUGGGAGAUCUUAAGCAAAGAAGUCUGUGGAGUAGUGAAGCAAAUUUUUGAAGAAGGAUGUAUACCAGGGGAUCUAGGGGAAACUACUGUUGUUUUGGUGCCCAAGGUUAGCCAACCUGAAAGCCUAAAUCAGCUCAGACCAAUAAGUUGCUGCAACUUUGCAUAUAAAAUAGUAACUAAGGUCCUGGUGGGAAGGCUAAGGAAAGUGUUAGAUCAAAUCAUAUCUCCAGUUCAGAGUGCAUUUGUCAAAGGAAGACUCAUACAAGACAAUAUAAUUAUAGUGCAAGAAGCUUUUCAUAUGCUAAAUAAAAAAGGAAACGCUGGAAGUCAGGACCUAGCGAUAAAAUUGGACAUGAAUAAAGCCUAUGAUAGAUUGGAGUGGAAUUUUAUGCAAAGGGUCAUGGAAGAACUUGGAUUUAGUAAUGAAUGGGUGAGGCUGGUUAUGAGCUGUGUUAAAAGCGUCACUUACAGAUUUAAAAUAAAUGGGAAGCUAUCCAGUAGAAUUACCCCACAAAGAGGACUUAGGCAGGGAGACCCAUUAUCACCAUACCUCUUCAUUUUGGCAGCUGAAAGCUUCACUAUUCUGAUGGAAAAGGCGAGAAGGGAUAGGCUGAUUUCUGGAAUAAGAUUAGCUCAAUCUGCACCGGUCAUCACUCAUUUGUUAUUUGCUGACGAUUGCAUAAUUUUUGCAGGUGCGGAAGAGGAGGAGAUAUUUCAACUAAUCCAGAUUUUAAACAAAUACACGGAGGCAUCAGGACAAAGAAUCAACAUUGAAAAAUCCGGGCUAAUCUUUGGAAGCCAAGUAUCUAUACAAAAGAGGGUGAACAUAGAAGAGAUAACUGGAAUGGCGUCAUGGGAUGAUCCAGGAAGAUAUUUAGGGCUGCCUGCAAGAUGGGGAAGAUCCAAAAAUAGGGCGUUGGAGUGGAUAAAGGAGAAAAUACUUGACAAAAUGCAAGGAUGGAAAGAGAAGCUGCUAAACCAAGCUGGAAAGGAGAUUUUGAUAAAAGCAGUAAUUCAAGCGAUCCCGGCUUUUGCUAUGAACAUCAUCAAAUUCCCAAAAUCAUUCUGCAGAGAAAUCGAGGCUGCAAUAGCGAGAUUCUGGUGGGCAAACAAUGGGAGGGAAAAAAGUAUCCAUUGGAAAAGCUGGAAAAAGUUGACUAGGAGUAAAACAAACGGAGGCUUAGGGUUCAAGGAUUUGGAGUGUCAAAACAUUGCGCAUCUAGCGAAACAGACUUGGAGGCUGCUAAAAGAGGGGGAAGCUAUUUGGGCAAAGACGCUAAAAGCAAUUUAUUACCCUAAUUGUAGCUUAUGGGAAGCGAAAGAAGGAAGAAAUGCGUCAUGGAUAUGGAAAAGCUUGUUGGAGGGAAGGGAUUUUAUUAGGAAGAAAGGAAGAUGGAGCAUAGGGAGUGGAAUGGAAAUAGAUAUAUGGGAGGAUAAUUGGGUGGCAGGAAUUGGGAAAUUGAGGAGAUAUGGAGAAGAACAAGUCAGAAAAGUGAGUGACCUUAUAAAGCAUGGAGAGGGCUGGAAUGAAAACAGAAUCAGAGAAAUAUUUCCGGGGAACAUAGCAGAAUCUAUCACAAGAACACCUAUAAGCCUGAUUAACAAAAAGGAUAAUCUGAUCUGGCCAUACACAGCCGAAGGACAUUACACAGUGAAAUCAGGUUACCGGGCUGCGAAAGAGGAGAAAGAUGCAAAAGAAGAGGAAAAAUUAAAUGAAGCUUCAUCAAGUCAGAAUCACAGGGAGAUUUGGGGGACUAUAUGGAGACUACCAGUGCCACAAAAGAUCAGAAUGUUCCUAUGGAAAGCAGUGGAAGGUAUUCUACCAGUAAAUAGCAAUUUGUACAAGCGCAGAUGUGCAGUUAAGCCUUCAUGUAGCAUUUGCCAGGAUGAGAAUGAAACUGUCGAACAUGCCUUACUCUUAUGUCCGUGGACGAGGGCGGUUUGGUUUGGAUCAAGUAUUCAAAUAACACCUACAGCCUAUAAUGUGGCAUCGUUUGGAAGAUGGAUAUGGGAUACAGUACAGAAAAUAAGAAGGGAGACAGGGAAGGACCAGGAAAGGAUACUAUGUAAGCUGGGGUGUGUGUGUUGGUACAUUUGGAAGACAAGAAACCAAUACAUAUUCCAGCAAGCAACAAUCAAUCCAAAACAGGCAAUAAUCAAUGCAGAACAACUAGCAGCAGAAUACCACAACACAACAAGCGGCAGUAGCACACAACAUAAUUCAAGCAAAGGCAGGAUUGGGGAUAAGAAGAGAGUUACCUGGAGACCCCCACCACAAGACAGGUUGAAGGUCAAUACUGAUGCAGCGUUCCAGAAAGAUACAGGUAAGGCAGCUUCAGGCGUCGUCAUUAGGAAUUGGCAGGGCAAGUUCAUUACUGGGACAACAACAAAAUUUACCACAACUUCAGCAACAGCAGCAGAAGCUCAGGCAUACAGAGAAGCUCUAAUACUAAUAAAGAAUUUACAAAUAGAAAAUUGUAUAAUUGAAACAGAUUGCUUACAACUGGUCCAAGUUGUCAAGGCGAGAACGCCAAUAGUGGAGGCAGACGCAAUUCUCAGAGACAUUCUGCAAUUGCUUGAAGAGGCGCCAACUGUAGGAGCUACCUGGACUCCAAGGGAAGGCAACAUAGUAGCCCACCAAUUGGCAGCGAUGGCAUUGGGGAAUGUUCUCACGAGCCAGUGGACUUACAAUAUGCCUAAUCCAGUUAGAAAUUCAAUUAGAACAGAAGCCACAUUCGCAAUCUCUCACCAUAAUCAAUUGCCGCAAAUUCAACAGGUUGGGCAUUCGUUCCCUACCAAUCAGCAAAGAAUACAUAAAGAACGGGACAUACCUCUGAGGGGAGGAAUGGAUACACGAGACAUGCAUCAAGCUGAACGGGCAGAGAAGCAUCAACCCAAUGCGGCGCAGGGGCGAACCAUGGAGAGGAGCAACCACAUUGGCAGAGAUGAGGGAGCAGAUCGACGAAGGAGUGCAGAUGGCUAUGAUCCAUGGCGGAAAGCCUCUCACCUUCCACCUUUCACUCCCCUUUCCCUGUCGAGCCGUCACCAACGCACUUCACCGCCGUCGCCACCGUCUGAAGAAGCAACGCGCCGCACUGCCGCUGCACCUUCUUCUCCCAUACGUCGCACUGUCCCUGUGCUCCCUACAACCGACGCCGCUACUGCACCUUCUUCUUCUUUACAUCACGCCCCCUACUCUCAACGCUACUACUGCACCUUCUUCUCCCAUGCGUCGUGCCGCUCCUGUUCUUCUUGCAAGCAACGCUGCUACUGCUCGCCUUCUUCUCCCCUCUGUGAUGUCGCACCAUCGUCGAGGCAGAGGCCUUGUUUCACCACUGUUCCAACGCUGCACCUCUGCCCUGACUUCUACGCUGUUGCGUCGUGUCUUCGUCACUUCCAUCACGAGAAACCAGAGUCACAAUACAGCAGCGGCGGCACAGGAUUGCGAGAGCGGUUGCGGCCAAAAUAA